AUGUCCCGCCGUGCAUCCCGCCAUCAAUCAUCUCCUUCCAUCACCUCCCAAGAGGCAUGGAAGGUCGAUACACCCUUCGGACCCCCCGAAGUCCAUCGCUCAUUCUCAAACGGAGGAAUCCGACGCCUCAAAAACACAUUAUCAAGACUCUCCCCAUCCGCCAUGGCCGAAAAGGAAAUCCUCCGCAAAAAGAAUCAAUAUAAAAGCCCCCUGACACACAGGAAUGUCGACACCUUCGUGACAGAACAAGAGUACAACGACAUCACCCGGCCCAAUCAACACUCGCCAAAAAUCCAGGUGGUCGAAUGGCUCGAACGUCUUGCUUGA